UCGAUAUAAACAGAGCAGGAUUUUUACUUUCAAUAGAACCCGAACCUGCGGUCCUGUCUCACAGGUCUGGCUGAUGUUUGAUUGGCUGACUUGACUCCCGACGGCGGCCUGUAGCCAAUUAACGCGCGAUAGGUUCUUGGCAAGGACUCUAUCUUUGGCCACAUUACACUUCAGCCAGGAAGACAGACACAGAAGCGCCGGCCGGCCCGGCUUUACUAAAGAUCCCCCAGCACCUCAGGACGCACAGGCUCGCGUCACUACGACGUCGGGAGAAACUGACGCACCGUCCGCCUCUCACCUGCGGAGUUGGGACGGAAGCAGCAGUUUGGACGCACCUUCCCAACGACGCGUCUGCAGUUUGCUUCCUGGAGAGAGUUGUGCUUUCCGUUUCCCAAGGACUUCUCGGAUUCAGCUACCUCUUAUCGGAAGCGUGAUGUUGCUGUGGACCACGUUAAGCCUGUUCGGCUUGGUCGUCGCCGCGAGAAAGAACGCCACGUCUGCCGAUCUGACGGACAUCGACUGGGACGGGCAGGGAUGGGUGGGGACAGACAGGUGGUCUCUGACGGCACCCUCCCCGACCAGAGGUCCCUUCGGCAGGGGUCGGGUUGGAAACACCGUCACCAGUGACGUGGACACGGUACCGAGCCCAGACAGUGAACGCAGCGGCAGGGUACGCAGACAAUCGCUCUACAGAUCUUUUGGGGACCGCGUGAACUACCUGACGAACGCGGAGAAACUAGCGCUGCUGCAGAAACACAACGAACUGAGGGGAAAGGUGCAGCCCUAUGCCUCAAACAUGGAGGAGAUGGUGAGUCACUUCUACUGAUUUCAUAUUUGUAAUGACGAGUUGUUGAGUGGUCCUU